ACACAGAGGGAUGUGCUAUAUUUUAGAGGGGCUAAGAUGAUAAUGUGAAGAACCAUGUGACUAUACGACGUCGGUUUCGGUUAGCCCAUACUAAACUACGACGGUGUGAUCAUAAACUCUUUAUUCUUGUUCAGUUGUUGAGGGUUCUGCAACGGAAAUGGCGUCAUCGAGUGGGGUAACGGAGAGAAGGGGAAUACCAGGAGCAUCAUUUGUAGAAGAUGUUCAGUCUUACCUCAAUCAGUCUUCUCUUGAUGUCAACUCUGCUCUUUCCUUUCUCCAAGAAAGACUUCAGCAGUACAGAGUGGUUGAAAUGAAACUUCUAGCUCAGCAGAGGGAUCUUCAGGCAAAGAUUCCUGAUAUAGAGAAAUGCUUGGCCAUAGUUGCUACUUUGCAAGCUAAGAAGGACAGUGGUGAGGCACUCAUUGCUGAUUUUGAAGUGUCAGAAGGGAUUUAUUCUCGGGCAAGAAUUGAAGAGUCUGAUUCGGUGUGUCUAUGGCUUGGGGCAAAUGUCAUGCUGGAGUAUUCAUGUGAAGAGGCUACGACCCUCCUUAAGAAAAACUUGGAAAAUGCAAAAGCCAGCUUAGAAGUUCUUGUCACCGAUCUACAAUUUUUGAGGGAUCAAGUGACAAUCACUCAGGUCACGAUUGCUCGAGUAUACAACUGGGACGUGCAUCAACGUAAAGUUCGACAAGCUGCCAGUCCAAAAGAAUCAUGAGAAACAUCCGUGUUGAUGAUUGAUAUUAAAGAGGCAUGGUACUCACUUUUGCUGCAAGGAGUACUAGUCAGAUCUUUGUUGUUCAUCGUUUUAGGUUGCUUCUUGGACUCUCCUCUAGCAGGGAUCCUGGAUUAUUAUUUUAGACUAUCAAUUUUGGGCUUGUAGCAAUUUUGUAAGAAAACAAAUAUUUGUUGGUGAGGUCGUGUAUGUACUAGUUGGCUAGGAUCAUAAGUAUAAUGAUACAAUUCUUGCAAAGAUUGUCAAAUUGUGGUA